CGUUGAAGCAGCGAAUAUUAAUGAUACAUACAACGAAGACCCCCACGAAACGACUAGGGUGUUUCCGAGCCUAUUUUACACUCCAUCCAACGGUCACGAUUCAAUAGUACGGGUUGUAUCAAUCCAUCCGAUUUCUCUAUUAGUGCUCCAUCUCCAUUUUGACAGAGGAACUUUUACCCUCCAUGGAUCAACAACACGCUACAGCAGCUGCAGCUCCACAGGCUCGUCCGCCGCCUCCCAACGGCGACUUCUCUCCCAUUCUCACCGUUUUUGUCCUCUUUCUCGCUGUCCUCUCUGUGAUGAUAAUUCCAUCAUCGUCAAGUAUUAAAAAUAGCUUAUCCAUCUUGCACCAAGUCCCAGAAGGUCAUGUUGGGGUGUAUUGGAGAGGAGGUGCCCUUCUAAAAACAAUUACAGAGCCAGGUUUUCAUCUAAAACUGCCUCUGAUAACUCAAUAUGAGCCUGUUCAAGUGACACUUCAGACAGAUCAAGUGAGGGAUAUUCCAUGUGGUACUAAAGGGGGUGUCAUGAUUAACUUUGAAAAGAUAGAGGUUGUUAACCGCCGUAAGGAUUAUGUAUAUGAGACACUGCUCAACUAUGGUGUGCAGUAUGACAACACAUGGAUAUAUGACAAGAUUCAUCAUGAAAUCAAUCAGUUCUGCAGCUCUCACUCUCUCCAACAAGUCUACAUUGAUGUGUUUGACCAGAUUGAUGAAAAGAUGAAAGAUGCUCUUCAAGUUGAUUGCACACGUUAUGCUCCUGGAAUUGAAAUUAUAAGUGUGCGUGUCACAAAGCCUACCAUUCCAGAAAGCAUAAGAAGGAAUUUUGAGCAGAUGGAAGAAGAGCGCACUAAGGUUUUGAUUGCUAUUGAGAGGCAGAAAGUAAUCGAGAAAGAGGCAGAGACAACAAAGAAGAUGGCUAUAAGUGAAGCUGAGAAGAAUGCCAAUGUGAGCAAGAUCCUAAUGGAGCAGAAAUUGAUGGAGAAAGACAGUGCAAGGAGACAGCAAGAAAUUGAGAAUCAAAUGUAUAUGGCUCAGGAAAAAAGCCUGGCUGAUGCUUCCUUUUACCGCGUGAUGAAAGAAGCUGAAGCAAACAAGUUAAAGCUUACUCCUGAAUUUCUUGAACUGAAAUUUAUUGAAGCUAUAUCUGAUAAUACAAAAAUUUUCUUUGGGGAUAAGGUGCCAAAUAUGGUUCUUGACCAGAGACUGCUAGGCAAUUUCCUGCAAAGGGUUUCUGGAGGGAUGGCUAGAGAGGGAAACUUGGAAGAGGGACCAACAGAGAGAUAAGAAGCUUAGACUAAAUUCAGUAAUCCGUCCAUGUUUUGUGUGUGUUUGAGUUGAUGUUUUGGGUGAUCCCUUAUGUUUUUUGGCCAUUACUGAUUUCUUUUUUUCUUUUGAAGAUACCAGUACAACGUGUAUAUCACAACAAAUUAUAAUUAUAAAAAUAAUUUUUUCCCUCCGAAGAUAAGAGUGCAUGAGUCCUGAUAUACAUUGUACAAGACAAAGUAAUCAAGUAAUGGAUAUGUAAUUUGUAACUUUU